AUGGAUGAAAAACUUAUUGAAAGUGUGAAAAAGUUUCCGUGCAUUUGGAACACAUCUUCAGAAUUUUACAAAUGCAACGAAACAAAAGAUGCUGCGUGGGACCAAAUUAUCAUUGAAACAAACAUAUCGGAUGUUACAACUGCCAAGUCGCGCUGGAAACAACUGAGAGAUAACCAUCGGGAUGCCUUAAAAAGACAAAAUGCAACAAGGAGUGGACAGGCUAGAAAACAACGAAAAGAAUGGAAAUAUCAAAAAGCCAUGUCAUUUUUAUUGCCUUACAUGAGUAACAGAGACCGGUCAACAAAUUUUACGCCCCUGGACCACUCAGUAAGCGAAACUUCAAAUCCGCCAAAUACCAUUGAAGAGAGUUCACGGGAAUCAUGCAAUUUUUUGCCAUCAAAUUCAAAUAAUCUUCCUUUUGCCGAUGAUCCUAAGAAUCCAACAGCUUCGGAAUCUCUUCCAUCAACAUCCAAAAAAAGAAAGAACGAUGAAAUUCUAGAUUAUUUAAAAAAAAAUCAAGAACGCCGCGAAGUGUUGGAACGAGAACGGAUAGAACUUAAAAACAUGAUGUCAGCCAGUGAUAAAUACGAUGAAAUAGACUUAUUUUUUUUAAAUUUGGCUGCAUCGACAAAAAAGCUGCCGUAUUAUUUUCAACUUCAAAUUAAAAAAACCUGCUUUAAUGCGGUAAUGUCAGCUGAAGAAAGUAAUCUUCAACAUAGUUGGUAUUCUCCGAAUAAUUAUGGUUAUUCUACAGGCUCAACACCUACAUCAGAUAACAUCAACACUAGUAUCGAUACUCCUAGUGCUUCAGAUAAUAUCAACACUAGUAUCAAUAUUCCUAGUGCUUCAGAUAAUAUCAACACUAGUCUUAAUAUUCCUAGUGCUUCAGAUAAUACCAACACUAGUGUCAAUAUUCCUAGUGCUUCAGAUAAUAUCAACACUAGUCUUAAUAUUCCUAGUGCUUCAGAUAAUACCAACACUAGUGUCAAUAUUCCUAGUGCUUCAGAUAAUAUCAACACUAGUCUUAAUAUUCCUAGUGCUUCAGAUAAUACCAACACUAGUGUCAAUAUUCCUAGUGCUUCAGAUAAUAUUAACACUAGUAUCAUUAAUCCUAGCGCUUUACAAAUUCCAACAACCCAGGAUAUUGAAACAUCUGCAGCAGAGCCAACAGAACCCAAUGAAAAUGCGGUCAAUUUUGAGACAGAUUACGAUUUUUAAAUUAAUAUAACAUGGCUUCUAUAACUGUAUGCAAAAAUAAAAGUUACUUUGAUUUAAAAUGUGUACUUACUUUAAACACACCGCUAAUCUUUCACGGCUACUAAUUGAAUUUCUGUAAUUUGUGUCUUGUUUCCGAAUAUAUGGUUCAAUCAGGGAGUGAAGUUCAUAAAAAGUACAUCUUGAAACUCUAUAAGAAUUUUCGAAAGUUUCUUCAUCAGCUGUUUGGAAAAAAGUAAAAUAUUCACUGUGUUCUGAACGAUGUUUGAUAUGAUUUCUUAACCAAAAUCUAUGUUUCCUCAUAGAAUUGUUCAAAUGGUAUAUGGUAAGUAUUUCGGCUUCUUCUGACUCCAACUCUUCUUCCUCAAGCAAUGUAAGGUAAUAAUGUAUCAACUUUUUCGAUGGCAUGUCUGCUAUCACUGACAUUUCGCGUAGAACUAAACCAAUCGCCCCACGCCGGGAGCUCGAAAUCACUCGUCGCGUACUUGCUGC